GGGAAGCGUUAGUGCGCAUGCUCCAACUGGGCGGGUCAGAUGUUGGUCAUCAUCACAAACUGGGCAAAGUUUCCCCAUAACUGUAGUAAAGUUGAUCACAAGACCGCGGAUGUUGGCAGGAGGAGGGAAACCAAGAGACGGGUAGAUUUAAUGUCAAAGCUAACGGACUUUGCGUUUUUCUCUGCUUGAAGAAAAUCCAGAUUUUCCACUUUAAAAGCACAUUUUAGCGGCACAACUUUUAUCUUUGGAGUAAUACUUUAAAGAUGGGAAUCUUUCUCUGAGAAAGAGGAUCGCUUCGUGGAUUUUGAAAUCAGAAGAGACGACUGCUCCAUGGGGCCCUUCACGACGCCCAAAAAGAGAGUGGAGGCUGGUUCAGUUGACCCCUGGACCCCGACCUCCAACCUUAAAAUGCUGAUCAGCGCCGCCAGUCCUGAGAUCCGGAACAGGGAAAAGGAACUGUGCAUGGACGCCGACGACCGGGACGGUUUGGACCCGACACAGGACUCAGAAAAUGGUGAUGAGUCGGAGAAAAUGAUCAGCAGGAAAGAUAAGAGUCUGGGUUUGUUGUGUCACAAGUUUCUGGCCCGGUACCCAGAUUACCCGGAUUCAGUCCUGACCGACAUCUGCCUGGACGACGUUGCUACGGAGCUCAGUGUGGAGCGGCGGCGCAUCUAUGACAUCAUGAACGUUCUGGAGAGCCUCCACAUGGUCAGCCGCUCGGCUAAGAACCGCUACUCCUGGCACGGCCGGACCAAGCUGGCCGAGACGCUGGCCAUCCUGAGGAGCGUCGGCGAGAAGCACCGGUACGGCCAGCAGAUGCAGCAGAUCCGGCAGCGCGUCACGUACCGGGAGUUCGACUUCCGUCAGGAGGAGAAGGAGAACGAGGCGGAGGGCGGCGAGCAGAAGGAGCUCUUCUUCGUGGAGCAUCCGGGAGUCGAGUUCAAAGCAGCGUCAGUUAACAGUAGGAAAGAUAAAUCUCUUCGGGUGAUGAGCCAGAAGUUCGUCAUGCUGUUUCUGGUCUCUAAACCUCAUGUGGUCAGUCUGGACAUUGCUGCAAAGAUCCUGAUAGGAGAAGAUCACGUUGCAGAUCAAGACAAGAGCAAGUUCAAGACCAAAGUGAGGCGGUUGUACGACAUAGCCAACGUGCUGAGGAGCCUGAAGCUGAUUGAGAAAUUCCACGUUAUGGAAGCAGGAGGAAGGAAACCGGCCUUUAAAUGGACCGGACCGGUAGAACUCCCACCAGUUCAAGAUUUGUCAAAAUCCUCGCCUGAGUUUGCAUCCAAGAAGAAAAGAGUCCUGGAACCGUCUGUGGAAAACUGUGCCAAAAACCUGUUUUCUUCAUCGGGGGCCAAGCGCAGCUUCACACGGCACCCGUCCCUCAUAAAGCUGGCGAAAAGCAUUCAGGAGGACCGGCGGAAAAUCAACUCCGCCCCCAGCAGUCCCUCUAAGUGUGUCCUUGGUGAUUCAGCUAACGAGGAUUUUCCAAGCAAAAUGGCCCAGCUUGCUGCUAUUUGUAAAAUUAAACUUGAUCAGGAAUCAAGGCCAAAAGAGAGAGACCCGGCAGCAGAGAGGUUACCACCAACGGCCUCCGAUCACAUGGAGCCACCCAAAGUGCCUCUAACGGCAGCGAAUCAGGAGCCUGGAAUCCACCUAACGCCGCGCACGCCGCUAGCAGGACAGGCUCCCGGCGGCGUCACCUUCAUCCCGACGCAGUGUUCGCCCCUGAUCCCCGUCCUGCUGCCUCAGCAGCGGGGCAACGGGCCCUACGCCAUCUACCUGCACCCGUCCUCCCUCAGGUCAAACGUUCUGGCCAGGCCGCAGCCCACGAGCCUCGCAGUGCGCUCCAUGACGUUCGAGGACAAGACGGGCCGGAGUCCGAGCGCGCCGUCUGCGGCGAAGAGCCGACCGGCGUCCAGGGAGUCCGACGGCAGUCCUCUGACGCACAAACGCCAACAUUCAAGUUCCACCGCAGAGAGCAGCCCCUCCAAAGCCAAGCGGUCCGACCCCAACUUCAAGGACGGCUCUCCGAAGCUCAGCAAGAUCCUGCAGGCCCGCCUGAAGGCGCGCCGCGGCGCUCACCUCGUCAGCCGGCCCUCGCCUCGGGCGCUCCACCUGGACCCGGAGUUCGUCAACACCCCCGGCGCCGCCGGCCCAACGCUGGAGCACAGCCUGGAGAACCUCCUGGACAGAGACGACAGGCCGGUGACCUCUGACCUGGAGGCGGGUUUCACGCCGGUCCGGGCGGUUCCGCUCACACCCGGGCAGAUCCACUCUGAGGUGAACGAUCAGCUCCGCCGGGUUCAGGGGAGAAAAACGUUUGGUUUAACACCCAGUCCGUCUCGUUCUCUCCAGACUUUGGUUCCAGCCGGAUAUUUAAUCCCAAUUUCUCAGCAAUCCCUCAUCAGCUACAGGGAAUUACAAAACUCUGCAGAAGAAACCAACAAGUCCUCUUCCAUCUACCAAACACCGACUGCAGGCUCCAGACCGGCCGCCGCCCUUGAAGUGACCCCUACCAACCUUCGCCUGAGCAAACCCCUGGCUGCCGCCGCCCUCUCCUCUCCACAUCAACCCAGUCGGGUCAGCAGUCCCAGCCCGGCCAUCUUAAACUUCACGCUCCAGAACUUGGGUUUGAUCUCCAGCCCAGGCGGUGCCUUCGGGUCCUCCCAGCCUCCAGAGGGCGCCGGCGCCGCUCCGGGUCCGCUGGGCCUGCAGCCGAGAGGCUUGGUGUUCAUCAAGCCCGUCUCGCCGGUUCCAGUCCAGCCGUCGCUGCCUGGACAGCCGCUCACUCUGAUCAGCCUGCAGCAGCCUCUGAUGGCCACGCCGAAAGCGUCGGGUCUCCCUCAGCACAGCUUCUUCCACACGCCGGUCCCGCUCUCACCUCUGGCUGCCAUGGUUACCGCUAGCGGCCAGCCGGCCUCCAACUCGGUUUACGUCCCUCAGAGGAAGCUGGACGUCUCGGCCGAGGACUCCUGAUGUUUGGGCCAGUUGUUCAGGGUCACGCUCUGAUUGUGAUUUUAGUUUCUUUACGUUUUUUGUUACCUCUGAACAUUUCCCAGCGUCUGGUGGCCUUUUGUUAUCAGUCAUAAAAAUAGCUACCAAGCAGAUUCUGGCUGAGGCCCAGCGGACUUAUGGGAAACCGAUACGAAACCGGUUCGGAUACCCAGGAACACUACCGCCCUGCUGCAUGUGAUGCUGAUUACGACGAGCAUCAGGGCCAAACUAUGGAAAAUUAAGUAAAAUCACUGGAAUAAAAUCUAAAUAUUAUGAGAAUAAAGUCACACAAGUUUAUUUUGGUAUUACUACAACUUUAUUCUCAUACGAGUUUAUUUUCGUAGUCUUAUAAUUUUAUUCUUGUAUUAUUUCAGCUUUGUUGUUGUAGUUUAUCCUCGUAAUAUUUAUUCUUGUGAUUUUGUUUUCUUAGCGUGGCCCUGAUACUCCGUCGUUUCCAAGAACUAAAUUAAAAUCUGCAUCUUCAUUUUUCA